ACAAUUUCUACUAAACGUGAAACUAUUGAAACACAACAGCAACAGUCGGGUUCCUCCAUAAGCAUCAAUGAUAUUUCAGAACAUUGUAAUGAACAAGAUGACUACAAUUCAAGUGAUGGUAAUUUCAAAAUACAAUUCAUUGAGAUGUCAGCCAUAGGUUCGGGUGGUUUUGGGACUGUAUUUAAAGUAAAGCAUAGAUUGGAUGAUAAGAUAUAUGCCGUUAAAAGAGUACAAUUUGGGGAAAAGAAACAAAAAGUUUUGAAAGAAGUGAAAAGUUUGGCAAAACUGGACUCAGAUUUUGUGGUCAAGUAUUACAACUCAUGGCUUGAAUCCAAUCAUCUCUUCAUUCAAAUGGAGUUCUGUUCACAAAAUCUUAAAUCUCUUCUCGAAGUGAAAGCCAUUGUCUUCGAGAGACAACCGGAAGAAGAGAUGAAAGCCUUUGAAUAUUUUAUUUGUUGUGAAAUUCUUAAAGAACUCUUAGAAUGUGUUGAAUAUCUUCACUCAUGGGAUCCACCGGUCAUUCAUCGGGAUCUCAAACCCGACAACAUAUUAAUUGAACACAACGUUAGGUAUAAUCGGUUCGUCAAAGUGUGUGACUUUGGUUUGGCCACCGAUCACGUGAUGCCAUCCAUGAGCCAUACGGAAGAUGUGGUUUUUAUAAUAUUUUUGCAAUACUUUCUAUGGAUUCUAGGGUUGGAGAGAUUGAAGAAUUGUGCCAAAACAAGGCCCUCAUUACACGUCAACAGACAUAACAAUAAUUAA